AUGGCACGUGUUGGAUGGAAGAAAUUCGACACCUGUGCGACGAAUUCGCAUUCGGAUCUGGCGCCACGGAUCUGGGUAGGGGUAGGUUACCGAUGGGGUUUGGGCUUUCCGUUCGGCAGCCUCCAUCGUCCAGCGGUGGCGGCUAUAAAACGAUCCAUUUCUUCGGAAGGAAGCAUCAGUGAUCUUUCGACAGCUCCACGGCAACCACAGGCAACGAAACCACAAACCAUGAAGGUAUUCAUUAUUGUCGCAGUGAGCAUCGCCAGUAUGGCUGGGACCACGUUAGGGUCAGGGCAGCAAGCCACCAACGCCUCCGACAGCAAGAAGACGGUGGACAAGAGAAGCCUCUGGCAGCUGGGAACCUACUACAGCGGAUUUGGAGACAGCUUGGCACGAUCGGACGAUGGACAUGGAGCGUUGUUUGCUGCCGAACAGCAACAGCAUCAGCCGCAUCAGCAGCAGCACUUCGGUGGUGGUUGGCAUCAGGAGUACCAGCCUGUGGUGCAACAGCAGCACCACCACCAGUGGGCCCAGGUACAAUCGGUGCCGGAACACGAACCCAAGGCCCACCCGGUGCACGAGUGGCAAGCGGACCAGGGUACCGGGCUUCAUGGACAGGAGCAGCAUCACUUCCUAGCCGAUCACGUCCCUGCGCAGCACCACUUCGGAGGAUCCUUCGAGCAGCCGAAGGUGGAGCAACCGGCAUCCUUCGACUGGCAUCAUCAGCAGCUUCUUCACCAGGCUGGCGGAUCCUCCCAGGAGUGGCAGCAUGACGAUGGCAAGGAAUCUGACGGAGGCCACGGUGGUCAUGGGGAUUGGGCUCCGAUUGCCGGCGCCGGUGGUAGCUCCGAUCUGCACAAGGAGCACACGGUGAAGUCCAUCUCGAGCGAGACGAAGGAACACCAGCACCAGGAGUGGGCACCGGCCGAAGGCAAGGAGCACCACGAGGAGCAUCACCACACCAAGAUCAUCAAGGUGCCUUACCCGGUGCACAUCGAGAAACCGUACCCCGUGUACAUCGAGAAACCGUUCAUCGUGGAAAAGCCAGUGCCACUGAAGCUGUACAUUAAGAAGAAGCACCACUAA